UUAAGGAGCUGUGAAAUACGGCAGUUGCUACGACAAUUUUGCUGUUAUUGAGGAGACCAUAGAGACAUGCUCACCUGAUAUAGUUAAUAAGAGUAAUCUAAUUUUAUUAGAUGUGCCAGAUGAACCGGGACUCUUUCAGUGCUAUAUUGAUAUCACAACUACAGUCUGUGUAAUUGAUAGAAUGUCGAGAAUAUGUGGAAAAAUGGAGACAGAAUUAGGUCUGCAUUUUCUGAAUGGAAUUGGAUUCUGGAAAGUCUUUUGUUUGAAUAACAAAGAAACAGCUUUAAAGAUGAUGGAAGAACAUGGAUUCAAUUUCACUUCAGAAACUUCAGAGGAUGAAUUUGAGACUCUCUUUCAAGAUAAAUCGGCCAGUUACGGAACAAACAAAGAUAUGUGCUUAAGUAACUAUAAAAAUUUCUGUCAAAAUCCAGGGGAUUUCAUAGAGGAUUUUCCAGAAAAUUCUGAUGAUCUGUCUGCAAGAUGCGCAGCUCAUAUAAAGUACAAAGAGUGUUUAAUUGAUUACGAGCAAAAAUGUGGGGAGAAAAUACAUGGAAUGUCACUCCAUGAAGAUUUAGAAACUCUGAAUACCUUUUGUGACGAAAAGUCCGUUUUGUUCCAUGCAUUGUCAGAUAAGGGCAAAUGUUUCAAUAAAUGUUAUCAAAAUUAUGAAAAAGAUGCCGAAGAUAGAGUUUACAGUUGCAUUGAUGAAAUAAAAAACAAAUACCCUGAGAAAUAUGAACUGGAACGCAAUCAACGAUAUCGGAAAUCUUAUAAUAUUAGAUCCUGUUUUGAUGAUCUCUUAAUGGCGAAGUGCCUAACUGAAGUAAUAUCAGAAGAUUGUGGAGAGACAGCAAAAGAAUUAAUGUUGCAAGCCUUAAAAAUCAACAAAUUGAAGUACACCAUGUGUAGAGAUUUUCCAAAGGAAGCUGAGCUUUUUAUGAAUGAAUUAGAUUUCAGUUUGGAACCACAAUGUCCACUUGAGGAUUUAACUAAUCGUCUUGAGAACGAAUCUGAAAUAGUUUAAGAUGGAGAAAAUUCCCUAAAAAUUAAUAAAAAAAAGUACUUUUUUUCUAAAUCUUAUAACUGCACUUUAGAAACAGUACAGUAAAAAUCAUUAUACUGAAACAAUAGUUUUUGUUUUAUUGUAUCGAUAGAAAUUUCUUUUUCAUUAUUCUAAUGUUUGUCUAAGUGUCUUUAAUUAAGCUUUAUUAAAUUUUUCUGUGUAACUUUUUAGUUUUAUUCCUAAGAUACUAAUAAGGAAACGAAGUUGCCAGGUGCACAAAACAAAAGUAUAGCUCUGUUGUAGAAGCGUGGAUUUUGUUCACGUUAGCAACUACUCUUUUCAUUUAAUUUCGAAUAAACCAAGCGUUUCAAGUAUUAAUUCUCUUAGGUGACACAUUUUAUAUUCUUUCACAAAGAUUUCAAUUCUUUUAAUAUAUAUUUCUUACUUAACA